AUGCCAAACCCAACUGCAUUAUCUGAUAUCGCCAAACAGAUCAAGGAGAUUCAAUUAAAAAUACUGAGUGCUGAAGGAGAAAUAAAUAAUACGAGCAUAAUUCAGUCCCAAGAGAUUGAGGCUUUGGAAUCGCAGCUUAAGCAAAAAACGGAAAUUGCAAUCACACUAAAGCGUGAAAUCGAUAUUCUAGAAAGAAACAAUAAGCUGGAGGUAGAUUGCAAUGCCUCCCCCGACAUCAACUUGUUACAUGACCAGCAUGCCCAAGCUUUAGAAGGACUGCAAAACAACCAGAAAUUACUAGAAGAAUUCACUGAAAGUACUGAAUUAAAAAAAGUGGAGCUUCAAGAGAAGGAAACUGAGAUUAGCGCCCUCAGCGAACAGCUUUGUGCAGCCAAGGAACAGCUGAAAGCCUAUAACAGUGUUCCCUUAUCAGAACAUAGCAAAGGAAACUCGUUAUUUGCCCAGGUUCAUGACAGAUGCAUGCUGCUAGAGGAAAAUGUCGAACAAAUGAAGCUCAAAUAUAAGCAUGGGGAGCAGGAACUUAAAAGGCAGGAAAGAACGAUCCUGACUUUGCAUAAAGAUAACAACCGGUUAAGGGCAACAUGGAAAACUGAUUUGCAACAAAAGGAAUGCGCAUUAAAAUUCGCGGGUGAAUCCUCAAUUGAUGAACUGGCCGUGAUGGAGAACCGCAUGGAAGAACUGCAAUUGCGACUGGCUGAAGGGGCCACCAAAGUUACCACUAAAGUCUACUUCUCCCAGGUCACCCUGCAGGAAAAAUGCGAAAUCUUCGAACUUGGAAAAAAAAUGUCUGUGCAGUCCAAGGAAGUCUGUGGUCUAGCCGUAGAUCCAGCCUCUGCCAAAAAUGAAAUGAGACUGCUCAACUUCAGAGCUUUAGAGUUGGCGCAACAAAUUGAAGAAGCCAAGCAAUAGGCGCUUUUAUCCGCGGAAUCUAAUAAAUGUCGUAGAUAUACUAUGUUUCAAGUCAGAGACUAAGUUUAGAUUAGGAAUAUGUAUAUUAAAUUGCAAUAGUUA